AUGUCGAAGCCCCGUGUGCUGGUCAUCGGAAGUCAGUUCUCGGGAACUUUCUGUGCGCGAGAGCUGAAGUCUCAGUGCUCCGUGACUGUGGUGGAUGCCAAGGAGUAUUUCGAAUACACCCCGGGUGUACUUCGAGCCUUUGUGAACCCUUCGCACUACGAUGCGCUGAGCUUCUCGCUCCAACCGGUCCUAGAGCGACGGAUGGGUGUGAAAUACAUCUGGGGCGAGGUGAAGGAGUUGGAUGGCGACCGCAAGGUGGCCAACAUCAAGCCCCUGGCAUCUGACCGCCGGGAGGAGGUUGGAUUCGACUACUGCAUCAUCUGCUCUGGUUGCAAUUUUGGGCCCUUCAAGCCGAUGGGCGAGAGCCUUUGGUUCCCCACUGUACACGAAGAGGCCCAAGCCGUAAGCGACUGGAAACACAUUGAUGCUCGGCUGAUGCGAGCCCACAAGUUGCAAGCUGCGAAUUUGGUCUGCACCGGCUGA